CGCGUGCUGGAGGUCGCUGCGGUGUCGGCAGAUCCGGGCCACAGAAAGAAGGCGCGCGAGACGCCUUCCCCUCCGCUCCCCCGCCCUUCCCUCACGACGCCGGCUCUCGGGCACGCGCCGCCUCCCUCCCUCAGCGGUCACGCGCCAGCCGCGGAGCAUUGGAAGAAAGUUGCCAGCCGAGGGCGGGGUAGAGACGCGGCCGGGCGCUGCGCGAGGGGCUGCCCGGGGCUGGAGAUUUACUGACAAAAUAAUGAAAUAAAAUAUGGAGUCUUCUAUCCUGGAAUAUAUUUCAUGGACCAUGGGGGAGAGAGCCUGUGUUAAAAGGAAAAGGAAGACUCAAGGAAACGAGAGAACAGCAAUAUAACAUCAGAAAAUAAUUUUCUAUUUUUGUAUUGUAUUAUGGCCAUAGUAUUCAAGAAUUAUCUUCCAAUAUAUCUUCUAAUACUUUGAUUCAAAAACAUCUUUAGAAGGAAAAAUCAGAUACUGUGGCUUGCUCAGCAAGACUUUCAUUCCAACAAAUCUGGAUCUUCAAAAUAGUUUAAUUUGAAGGGGACAUCAUCAUUUUGAUGGGUUUUUCAUUUUCUUUUUUUUUUUCUUCUUUUUUUUUUAAGUCUUCAAAGUUACAAAACUUUUUGUGUGGUUCUAAGUUUAGUUGACAAGACUGUUCCUGAUAAAGAAUUUUUCGACAACAGCUGUUGGCUAUAUAAGUGGAAGCCACAUUAUACUAUCUGAAAGUAUGCCAUGAGUUUAAGGCACUUCUCAUAAGUCCUCCUCCUUUGCCUUGUACUUGUCAUAUCCUUAAAAAUAUUAAAUUGAGCUAUUUGCACUCUUGUAUAAUUAAAAAAAAAUGGCGUGGGUAAAGUUCUUGCGGAAGCCUGCAGGUAACCUUGGAAAAGUAUAUCAGCCUGGAAGUAUGUUGUCUUUGGCCCCUACCAAAGGCUUGUUAAAUGAACCAGGGCAAAACAGUUGCUUUCUUAACAGUGCUGUACAGGUUUUAUGGCAGCUUGAUAUAUUCCGAAGGAGCUUCAGAGGCUUAACUGGACAUGUCUGUCAGGGUGAUGCCUGCAUAUUUUGUGCUUUAAAGACAAUAUUUGCACUGUUUCAGCACAGUCGAGAAAAGGCACUCCCGUCAGAUAAUAUGAGGCAUGCCUUGGCUGAAAGCUUUAAAGAUGAACAGCGUUUUCAACUUGGCUUCAUGGAUGAUGCAGCAGAAUGCUUUGAAAAUAUACUUGAGCGAAUUCAUUUCCACAUCGUGCCAAGCAGUGAAACAGACAUGUGCACUUCUAAAUCCUGCAUCACUCAUCAGAAGUUUGCUAUGACACUAUAUGAACAGUGUGUAUGCCGUAGUUGUGGAGCAUCAUCUGAUCCCUUGCCUUUUACAGAAUUUGUGCGCUAUAUUUCUACAACAGCCUUGUGCAACGAAGUUGACAGAAUGAUGGAAAGGCAUGAGCGUUUCAAGCCGGAAAUGUUUGCAGAAUUGCUACAGGCUGCAAAUACUACUGAUGACUUUAGGAAGUGUCCUAGUAACUGUGGUCAAAAAAUAAAAAUCCAUCGUGUUCUCAUGAAUUGUCCUGAGAUUGUGACAAUCGGUUUAGUCUGGGAUUCAGAACAUUCUGACCUGACAGAAGAUGUCAUACGGAAUCUGGCAACACAACUUUAUCUUCCUGGGCUAUUCUAUAGAGUUACAGAUGAACAGGCCAAAAAUAGUGAACUUUUUCUCGUGGGGAUGAUUUGCUACACAAGCCGACACUAUUGUGCCUUUGCCUUUCAUACCAAGAGCUGCAAGUGGGUGCUGUUUGAUGAUGCUAAUGUCAAAGAGAUUGGAACAAAAUGGAAAGAUGUGGUCUCCAAGUGCAUUCGGUGUCACUUUCAGCCAUUGCUGUUGUUUUAUGCUAACCCAGAUGGUACAGCUGUAUCCACAGAGGAUGCCCCUAAACAUACCAUUCACUGGUCUCAUUACAAAGCAGCUGGAGGAAAUGCAGAUGAUUUGGGAUUUGAGAAGCCAGCUGUUCCAAAAUCAGAUCUCACAAAAGAGAAUGGAUUUGGAGAGAGUGCUAGUCAAAAGAGCAAUACAAAAUUUCAGACAGACAAUUCACCAUUUAGUAGAAGCCAUAUUCAAGCAAGUAGUGGUAGAGGGCCAGUUAAGUUAGGAUACAGUGAUCAAAAGGACAAAUUGAAGGACAUUUCCAGAGAGUGUGCUCAGAAGGCAAUUGAUAUGAAAAACGUUCCAUCCUACCUAAGAAAAGAUGCAGAGAGAGGACCAAGAAGAGACUCUGGGAGACACAGAGAUCUAAUAGGGGAUGACCACCCUCACUUUAAGUCAGGAUCCCCUCCUGCCGGAAAUGGAUAUAGACCCUAUGCUGAUCAACGCCAGUAUGGUAGCCAGGGAAGAGGACCUUAUAAACAUGAAAGAGUACUGACCCAAACAAGGCCUACUGCACAGGUGUUAGGGUCAAAUAAAACAGAAGCUUUUCCUGCUGGGGAGAAAAUGAUGAGCAGGACUAGGGCUGACAGUGCCACUGGCUAUGAUACAGACUGCAGCCAAGACUCUAGGGACAAAGGAAGUGUCACCAGAAGCAGAAACAGAGGUUGGAAACCUAUGCGAGAGACCCUGAAUGUGGACAGCAUUUUCAGUGAAACUGAGAAGCAGCAGCAUAGCCCACGACAUAAGGCAAAUCCAGGCAGUAAACCUAAACAUGAAAAGGAGCAGAGCUUUAACGUUUGGCCAAAAGAGAACCAGACCCAGAAAGGGUUAAUGACUAUCUAUGAAGAUGAAACAAAACAGGAGACAGGGAGCCGGAGUUCCUUGGAUUCAGAAGGAAAAGGAAAUACUGAGAAAAGUAAAGGAUUUACAGAGAGAAGAGUCCAUACUGAUAAUUGGCAGAUGCAAAGAACUGAAUCUGGAUACGAAAGUAGUGAUUAUAUCAGCAAUGGAUCUGCCAGUCUGGAUUCACCUGUUGUUGAAGGAACCAGCCCGCUGGACAUCAAGGUUAUUAAAGAAAAUGUUUCCCUCAGCGACCAGAAUGUAUCAAUCAAAUGUGCUGAAAGUGGUUUGCCAUCUACCUUCCAGCAAAACAGAAGCUAUUUUGAUGACUUGCGGAAAGACCAAAUUAAUAUGCAAGCUAAUUACAGACCACACACUGACUUUUCUUCAGAAUCUCAAUUGCAGAUGCACAGUCUGCUACUAAAGAGAACAGAGAUGCCAGACAAGAAAUGUUUUCCUUCAUCAACUCUACAGCCAAGUUUUAAGGACCAUGUUAAGAGAGAAACAAAGUUCAGCAAUUUAAAUCAGCAGACCUCAUCAGAAUGGCUUAAUCUAGAUAAAUUUGAGAAGAUUAGUAUGCCAGUAUAUAGUGUUGACAGUUCAACCCGCCCGUACAGCACUGAACACUUAAUUGUGAGUGCAAAAAGAGUGAACAACAAUGAAUUUCUCUCAUCUCAGCCGCCUCAUACAAAAACUACUGGAUCAAGGUCAGAGCUUGCAUUUUUAGUACAACAGAAUCUGUUAGAUCCAUGUGGGACUGUUCAGUCCUCAUCUGGUGAACAUGCUGUUCAGUCAUUUGGUAGGACUAAUAAUCUUCCGAUUCCAGAAGUAGUUUACCAAAAUCUUCCUCCUCCUUUACCACCAAAGAAAUAUGCUCUGAAUGUGUUGCUAGGAUCAAAAAGUGAUUCCACAAGUGAGGUAAAAUUGUCAGAAGUGUUUCAGAAUAAUCCUUCAAGUUUCGAAAGGCACACUACAGCUACCGCUUCAAAAUCUGCAUCAGAAGGUGCAUUUACAAAUGAAGAAAGAUUUAAAGAAACGUUUCAAGAGAAUGAGCACACUUUUCGCAAACUGGAUUCAGCACCUAGCUCAUCAGCUAAUGACUUUCAGACUGUAUCUGGCAGUAUAUUUAAUAAAGGAUCUCAGCACACAGGACAAAGUGUUAUCUCUCCUGAUGCAAAUGAUAGCGUAUCUCUAACAACCUAUUUUUCAGUGGAUAGCUGCAUGACGGAUACGUACAGGAUGAAAUACCAUCAAAAACCCAAAAUGUAUUAUGCAGAUGGUGGUGGCUUCCACAAAGAAAAGCAUCUCCCACCAACUGGAAUAGAACUGAGCACUGUAUACCAUGGUACUCUUGAUUCUAGUCAUCCCACAUCUGAACAGAGAUACAAAUCUAACAUGGAAGGCAUACAUUGCAAUAGGUAGACAGUCAAAUCAAUUAUCUUCUGACGCAUUUCACAUGGGCUGCUUAUUGGCAGGAAGCAUGGAAAUCUCUGUGGUGAGAUGUCUAAUUGAGGAUGACACAACUACUACACUGCAUACUUUGGAAUCCUGCCCACUAUGCUUUUAAGAAUAUAACUUCAAUUAAUUUUGCAAAUAUAGGUGAGCAGGGGAAUAGGUGCUAAGAUUUUGGCCCUAUGUUCAUGAAUUUGUCAUUUUUGCCUUAACAAUGUUUACCUCCAUGUGAUGAUACAAACGUAUUCAACAAGUCUGUUACAAAUGGUCCUUUUAAAAGUGUGUGCUUUUAAUACCUAGGAAGAUCACCAUAUGGGAUAAAUACAGGUUGUUCAGGACUUAAUACACUUGUUCACAAACUGGAUUUUGUGCUCUCAGACUGAGAAGAUAUAAAUUAACCUGUAAUCUCUUUAAAUUUAGCUAGUGAUAUGCUGACAAGUACAGUCCCAAUACAUAGCAUGGUACACUAAUUAGAACAGUAUCUGUUUUAUGGAACCAUUGUUCCUAGUGGGUAACAAUAGGUGUUACCUAUUUUUUCAUCUGACUUCUGUGAAAGUCUAACUUAAUUUCCUUUUAAGUGUCUUUAAUGAAAUUUUAUCCAGAGAAUUGGAUUUUUAGUACUUAGAAUGAUGCCUUAAUGAAUGACUUCACAUAUAGACUUGAGUAAUUUGUAAACUACAAACAGAACACUGUUUGAGAUUUUUAAAUUACCUGCAAACUCCAAUUCCAUAUUGUGCACUUUAAUCCAACUGUUAAGGAGCAAACUUAAAUUAUGUGUUCCACAAGCAAGGCUGUGAUAAACUUAUUACUGCAAUUUAAUUUAGCUAUGUAUGUAAGUAACAAAUUAAUAGAGUAGACUGCAAUAUGCUUUAAGAUAUGCAGUUGUUACAAGUAAACUGCAAGGGUACGUCUACACAGCAGGGUUCAAUUGUAUACUUUAAGUUGAAAUAGCUUAACUCGACUUUUGGCACUGUACGCAGCAGGAAGUCGAAAGAAGAACACUUCCUUCAACUACCCUUACUCCUUGUAAAAUGAGGAUUACCAUGAGUUGGAAUAAGCAUCCUCCAGCUCACCAUUAUUUUGAAAUAAUGGCUUACUAUGUAGACACACACUUUGUAUUUUGGAAUGUCAGUUAUUCCAAAAUAAUGCUACUAUGUAGACAUAGUCUAAAAGGUUAAAUUUAAGAAACAGUACACUUACAUUCAAGACCUUAUUCAGAUCAGAUUAAUUUUUUUCAGCUAUAUCUAAGCUCAACUGUCUGUGUACUGAACUGUGUUUUGAAAAUACAUCACUUUGGCUCACAUAAACCUGAGCAAAUGUAUGGGAUCAGUCACUCUGAUUUACUGUUACAGAACUUUGUCCCUAGCUAGCAGUCUCCCACUCAAACUUCUAGACAGUGUUUUCAAUGAAAGGGUAAUCUACAUCCUCUUUGGAUAGGAUUUUAAUUCAACUUCACUGGCAUCUGUAAAUGCUUUGUACCAUGUUAGUCAUUGAAAAAAUGUAACUUGUAAUAAUGUAACACUACCAAAUCAGGACUGCGUAAAAUGAAUAGUUGAAACUCAUGGCUUUCUUAAAUUUAAAGGAAAGUGCUUAGAUGUGUUUAAAUUGGGUGAUAUUGGUUACAGUUAAGUAUAAAUGCCUUUAAAUUCUGAGUUUAAUGCUACAAAUGUAUGUUGUGCUUGCGGUGUGGUCAAACAAGUUUAAAUGUUUAUGUACAUUAUGUGUAUUACAGUGCUUUGACCAAAUUGUGACAAUCAUGCGUAAUAGUUUUCCAAGGUAAAAACAGAAGUUGUGGUUAUUUUGCCAAUGUCUUAACAUGAAAUCAAACUAAGAUCUGUCAUUUUUAAUAACAAACAUGAUAGGCAGCAGACCAAAUGUCAGACCAGUGUCUUUACACUUUUUAGUAACCCAGUAGCAUUUGAAUGAAUAAAUUCUGGACUUGGUAUUGUUACAUUUAAAGCAAAUACAUUCAAGGUGUAUGGAUCUGAAUGCAAAUGGAACUUAAGAGUACUAGAACUUGUCAAGCUUUUCUAGAAAUCUUGUAUUUAAAUGGAAGUAUUUCAGUGUAUAAACAGUACCACAAUGUUCUUAUAUGUGCAUAGCAAACAUUCAUAUUACUUCCCAAAGGAACGAUGUGAAUACCUAUUAACAUAAACAAGUGAACUCAGUUUCCAGAAAGCUACUGAGCACAAUUGGUAAGCUUGUUUAAGAAUGUCUACUUAAGUUCUUCCAGAGAUCUGAAAUGCAACAAUCUUCAUUUGAGUCCCUUAGAUUAACUUAGGUCUUUUCUUGCUUUGCUUGAUUGUGUCUUUCCAGGCAAAACCUUUUGUAUAUGACUUGUUUACCUGAUGAGUUGUAUGUGCACUAUUUAUAUAAAUAACUGACACCUUCAGUUUUUAUAUUUGCUCUACAGGCUCUAUGUUCAAUAUUUAAUGUGUGAUCUGCCAUUGAUUUUAGCUAGAGUGCCUAUUUAUUUUUUUAUAAAUGUUCUCUUCUGGUUAUAGAUUUGUACAAGAACAGACAUUUUGUAAUGUUUAAAUGCAUUUAACAGGUAUUGUAACUAUUUUCUGGUCUUCAGAAUUUUAUUUUCAUGCAACGUUGCAUUUUUCUGCUUGUUCAGACCAUUAGAUUAAAAAUUAACUACUUUUGUGGC